CCGGCGCGCGUGCGCAGUAGCUCGACGCGGGCGUUUCUUUCCUCCCUCUUUUUCGAAUUGCUUUUAGGGGUAGAUUCGAGUUACAAAAUGGCCGCCCGGAGCGCGUUCCGCGGCGUUCCCCCCGCGGCCUCGGGCUGAGCCGGCGCUGUCGCCUCCCUGCCGAACACAGCGUGAGCCCCUCCGGGGACAUGGUGUUUGAGUCUCAGGGCUUGCGGAGCACCGAGUCCUCGGAGACCCGCAGUGCGGCACCGGAAGCGGCCGAGCGCGCCCGGCCCGGCUACCGCCAGCAGCCCCGAAACCCAGCGCCGCCGCUCCCCGGCUUUCGCCGCGCCCAGGACCCGGCUAGUGCUGCGGCUGCCGCCGGGCAGGUUGAAAACAUGGCCAAAAGAAUUGCCGAGAAGGAAUUGACAGAUAAGAAUUGGGAUCAAGAGGAUGAAGCUGAAGAGGUGGGAACGUUCUCACUGGCCAGUGAGGAAGUCUUGAAGAACAGAGCGAUAAAGAAAGCAAAGCGCAGAAACGUGGGGUGUGAGUCUGACAGUGGAGGAGCCUUUAAAGGUUUUAAAGGUUUGGUUGUGCCUUCUGGAGGAGGACGGUUUCCUGGAUUUGGUAGUGGUGCUGGAGGGAAGCCUUUAGAAGGACUUUCUAAUGGAAACAACGUAACCAGUGCCCCUCCCUUCAGCAGUGCAAGGGCAGCCGCAGAGCCCAAGGUAGCCUUUGGUUCUCUUGCUGCCAAUGGCCCUACCGCCUUGGUUGAGAAGAAAGUUUCAAAUCCCAAAACGAAUGGGGACGGUCAGCAGCCCUCCUCCUCUGGCCUGGCUUCCAGUAAAGCUUGUGUCGGGAACGCCUAUCACAGGCAGUUGGCUGCCUUGAACUGCUCCGUCCGGGAUUGGAUAGUGAAGCACGUGAACACAAACCCCCUCUGCGAUCUGACACCUAUCUUUAAAGACUAUGAGAACUACCUAGCCAACAUUGAACAGCAGCACGGAGAGGGCGGCAGGAAUUCCGAAAGCGAACCCGACCGACCGGCAGCCGAAACGCGGUCUUUUUCCCUUUUCGGCUCGACAAAAUUACAGCAAGAGUCAACAUUUUUGUUUCAUGGCAACAAAACUGAAGAUGCAGCUGAAAAGAAGGUGGAGGUUGGAACUGAGAAGAAAACAGACCCAUCGCUGGGAGCGACAAGUGCCUCAUUUAACUUCGGCAAGACAGUCGACAGCUCUGUUGCGGGCUCGUUAAGCUCUGUCCCCCUGACUGGAUUUUCAUUUUCCCCUGGAAACUCCAGUUUAUUUGGCAAAGAUGUUACCCAGAGUAAACCAGUGUCCUCACCAUUUCCCGCUAAGCCAUUGGAGGGCCAAGUGGAAGGAGACAGCAGUGAAUGCAAAGGUGGAGAUGAAGAAGAGAGUGAUGAGCCACCCAAAGUAGUAGUUACUGAAGUAAAAGAAGACGACGCUUUUUACUCCAAAAAGUGUAAGCUAUUUUACAAGAAAGACAAUGAGUUUAAAGAGAAAGGCAUUGGUACUCUGCACUUAAAGCCUACAGUGAAUCAGAAGACACAGCUUUUGGUGCGGGCAGACACCAAUUUAGGCAACAUAUUGUUGAAUGUUCUGAUUCCGCCCAAUAUGCCAUGUACCCGAACAGGGAAAAAUAACGUUCUUAUCGUCUGUGUUCCAAACCCACCAAUUGAUGAGAAGAACGCCUCCCUCCCGGUUACCAUGUUGAUUCGGGUGAAAACCAGCGAGGAUGCAGAUGAGUUGCACAAAAUUUUACUGGAGAAAAAGGAUGCCUGAGCAUGCACAGUCAGCUGUGGGAUGGUCACCACACUGCUGCUUCUCCCACCGCCCCUUAAAACUUCGUUUUUCUUCUCUUCUUUGACAUUCUGAGAACUUAUAGAUAACUUAAGACUCCUGUGAGGAAGAUUAACAUAGCCAAUAAAACGUUUAAAUGUUAAGUGUCAGGGUUCUGAAGAACUGUCUAAAGUGUAAAAUACAUUUGAAUGCAAUUUUUGGAGGAUUUUUUUUAAUGUUCCUUUGUUUAUUAAACUAACCAUAAGUGAUUUCUUCAAGGACUGCAAUCAGGGUAUCGAUUCGCUUUCCCAAAGGCUCUUCAACCAUGGGUUUUGGGGUCUGCCGCCACCACCACCAGAAAGGCUUUGGAACAGGGUACCCGGCCAGUGUCCAGAAGGAAGCUGGCCUGCAUGCUUCUCUCCGGUGGGCUCGACCGACAUGUGACUCGUUCUGUUACCAAAUGAACCGGACUGGCACGCUGUGACAGAUGUUUGUCCUCUGCUUUUUGAUUUUUAAGCUAAAAUGUGAGUAGCUAAGAGUUCACCUCAGCGUUCUAGUCAUUGGCCUGUAACCCUGUGGGCUGCCUCACCAGAAUUCAGGAAUCGCAUUUUCAUCUUAAAAGGAAAUGAGUCGCUUGUGAAGGAGUUUCUGGUUUUGUAGUUUCUAGUCAUGAGGUGCCGUUACUUCUUCAUUCCCCUAAAGAGGAAAUUAAGGGGGGAUUGCCAGGAAUGGGUUUAAAAGCACAAACUUGGUAGCUUAUCCUCUACAGCAUGGACCGUGGACCCGUACGAAAUGAAAGUGAAGUCGCAGUGAAACCAUCAUAGAGAAAGAUGAUGCUCAUAGGCAUCUGUACCAUGAUCAACCCCACACGUAUGAAAACCAUUACCAAGUGAGGGCCUGGGAGCUCUGACACCCGAGCCAUGUGAAUUCACUGGGAAGCAUGGAAUGAGGUCAUGGAAGAGAAAAUCGUGUGUAAAUUUUGCCUUAACUUUAGACAGCAGUGUAUUAUUCGUCUGAUACCUGAAAUAUCUUUAAGAAGAUUCCAUGUGUCUGGAAGGGAGCCAUGGUUAUGCACGCAAAUAUCCAUGUCACUUCUCCAGAGUCGUCAGGUAACAUGAGCAUUCUUUGAAGACUCUGGGCACGUGCAUAAGAUUCAAAAUUUAACAUUAAAAUUCCACUUUCAUUGCUCAUGAAUCAUUUGAGACUAGUAUCAGCUGAUCUUGUGUAGAGGCUGAGGGUCAGUGCCCAAGGGCUCACGUGUGUAUGUCCUGAUCUUCAGUGCAGAGUGUAUUCUCAUUUAGAAGAGAGCAGUCAGAAUAACUGGACGGUACAGAUCCUUUUUUAAAACUACAAUUUAAGUAUAAAGUUUUUUUUUUGUGGGGGGGGGUCAAUUUUAUGAUCAGUUAUGAUUAACUCCUGAGUACCUGAGGUGUGCGAUCGGGCCAGCGCUGUCCUGAGGUUCUUGCUGUACUUUCAGCGUUUUGAUCCCACCGGGGGAGGUUGGCCUAGCGUGUGGCUUUGGAUGAGUCCGUGCGGAGAGGUGUGCCUCUGCUGUUAGAGGAUGCGUUCAGACAUAGCUGUGGUACGCACCCUAGGGAGGACGUGGUCAUUGUUCUUACGUUUACUUUAGAAUUGAGAAUGCACGUGAGUUUUUGUUGCAGGUGAGUUAUAGUAAGCAAAUGGUUGAUGCUGUUAAAAUAACAUCGGCCCGGCCCGAUUCACGUGAGGUUUAUUCAACUUUUAAAAAGAUGAAGAGGAACUAAGGGGAACAAAGUUAAGUUUGCUGCAGCUUCGCCACACAUGUGCCCCUGGCAGCAGCUGGAAUCGGAAGCUUGCAGGCAUCUUUGGGGCACUUCAGUGUUCCUGACACGGUACUUUGUUAUUAACUGUGUGUCUAUGGAAAGUUUACAGAAAAUGGCAUGAAAAGAUCAUGAUUGGAUUACCUGUUAAGCCUCUCCUUUCUGUAAAAAAUCGUUUCUAUAUUUUUAAAUUAGUGGGUAUGUGUGGCUUUCUGUUUUCCUAACAUUCCCAGCAAAUUGCUGCUGCUAAGACUAUCACUGUUAAGGUGAAAAUUACAGGGGAAAAUGUGAUGCAUAUACCAUAACUCAAAAUGUGAUAUUUUCUUAAAAUGACUCUUUUAUGCUUUAGAACUGGUUGGUUUCCACUUUAUCAGUGUAAAGAACCUGAAUAUAUGUGGAUUUUAUUGUAAAAUUUAACUCCUUUUUACUUGGGGCAUGGGGCCCCUGGAGGGCUUACCUAUUUUCCCCACUAUGUUAUCAGCUAAUUCUGAUUUAUGGGUUUAGUUUAACAAAAUUAGGCUUUAAAACGUUUAAUGUGGACUGAAAGUUUCAUCUUUUGUCUGAGAAUCUAUGAAUUGUAUCAUAUACAGGCCUAAAGUAAGGUGUGUAUUUUGUUAUUCUAAAAUUGUUUAGCAUCUUGACAAAUACUAAGUAUCCCAGUGGCCUUUUUUUAAAAAAAAAAAAACAAACCUGUGUGUCCAUCUCAUCCUUUUGUGCAUUCCUAGUAAGCAAAAAAAUUUCUUAUGCCAUCUUCAUUAUUGGAAUUACAGACUGAAAAUCUGUCCAGUUUUUAAAUUAGUUUAGAUUGUUUUCCACGGAAAGAUAAGUCCGACUGUUCGUGGACUGAUUUUAAGAGGAUUAUUCUAUUUUACAAUUUCAAUUCUAAAUCACAUUUUAUAUAUGCUGCAUGCCAAAAAAAAAAAAAGCUACUUUUUCUGGUGUAGAGGGGAAGAAAAACGAAUACUCUACCUUAUUCUUCUCUACUAAGAGUUCAAAACAAAUGUUCACUGAAGCCUUUUCAGUAAGUAAAAGCUAAAGGUGAACAAGUUGUUUUGAGCAUUUUGUCAGUUACUCUAUUUCAGAAGAGUCAAAAUAGAAGCAUGAUGCAUUUGAAGGCUUUGCAAACUCCUAAACCCCUGAUGAGUCCCCUCAUUCUGGAGGUGGGUAUUUUAAGAAACUGGUGUGUCCUGUGGUGUGCUGGAUGGCAGUGGGGUCUCUUCCAGUCCAGCACUCUCAACACAGGCCACGGUCUGUUCUCAGCCAGUAACAAUCAUACUGAGGACGAAGGACUCUCCAUUUGAUGCAGACACAAUUGUAACAGAAAUGUAAAACUUCUUAGCGAUCAGAUGGAUCAAUUGUUUGCUUUUCACUUUAAAUAGGAAAUUGUUUUCUAAAACUAAAAUACUUGAAUUGUCAGACAAUAUUAUCUCAGCUGUAUUAGUUUUUGAAUGCUCCCAUCAAGGAAGUGUAACAAUCCAUGAAAUGUGAAUAAAUGAAAAGUAAACAAAA